CCGUGUGAUUGCAUCCAGUGUGCGUCGCAGCGUGAUCCUUACACGGUGGAGGGGAAGAGGAGGAGGAGGUUAUCAGGGUGACGGAGAGAGUAGGAGGUGAGAGAUCAGCCAUGGCGGAUUUAGACUCGUGGGAGGACAUGGACGAGGGAUCGAUGCCACCUCCGGGCGGAUAUGGAGCGGGCGCUUCGUCAAAGCCGGCUAUGCCCCGGAUGAAUCCUAACGCAUCCUCUUUCUCGUUCAAUCCCGGCGCGUCGUCCUUCACGCCGCCAUCGUAUGGGCCUGGUCCGCAGCAAGUUUACGGCGGGCAAGGACUGUAUGGGCCAGGACCACAGGGGGGGAUGAGAGGGGUGCCAGACUACAUGGGGGGUGGGGGUGGAGCCGCCGGGGGGGUUUAUUAUCAUCAUCGCCCGCAGCAGUACGGCAGCAGCGGCGGCGGAAUGAUGACUCCGCCUCCAAUGCAGUAUGGUGGCGGCGCACACGGUGGAGGACAUGCGCAUGGUGGAUAUGGCGGAUAUGGUGGGCAUGCGCAUGGGGAUUACCGGCAAUCAUCACAUCGAGGGCAGCAGCAGCAGCAGCAAAUGUAUGUUCCUGCGGCCAAUCGACAUCAGGGGGGAGGGUCUCUUCCCGCGCAUCAAGGUGGCGGAGGGCGAGGAAGAGGACUUAUGGGCUCAGCCCCGCCGCAGAGGUCAGCUGCGGCGAUGGCGCCAGCGCCGCCAACAGUGCUUGCGCCGUCGGCAAUUGCUCCCAGGCAGCCGGCAGAGGGAGCUCGUAGGGAACAAGAUAUCUACGGCGCUACACCCCCUGCUGCUAGGCAGGUUGAGGUUUCUUCCACGCUGCCCGAAGCAGUCGUGGCCGAUGAUGAGAAAGACGCGCCCGGCUCCACGAUGAGGGUGACCUCGCCACCCCCAAUGGGGGCAGCAAGGCUGCCGUCGCCGCCCCAAUCGCUGCCCGCCCCUGCCGCAGCAGCUGCGAUUGAGCCGGCUAUGGAGGCGCAAACAGAAGCAGCGGCUGUGGCCGCCAUGGAUGCGAAAGCUUCCGACCGGACGUCGUUGGCGGAAACAGGCGAGUAGCAUCACAACCGUUGAUUAGCAAUCGUGUGAUUAAUCUCUAGUCUAAUGUGUGAUUAAUUUGUCCUGUGCAAUGUAAUCGAGUCUC